AUGGCACCCGCCGCGACAGACACCAAUUGGUCUGUCAAUUACGAUGUCCUAAAGCGAGAGAAGCUUUUUCGAAACCCUCCCGAGGACAAGACCGCGUACCCCUCCCUCGCCGCAUCCAUCAAGCCCCAUGUCGACUCCUUCAAUGCGCUUUUCGAGAGCGGCGGAAUUCUCGAGGCCGGUCUGAAGGAUAUCGGCACCCGAACUUUCCUCGACGAGGUUACCGAAACCGCCGAGCAGAAACAGCAGCGUCUGGCGGAGGGCCGAAGGGCGCCGAGGCGGAACAAGCUCCAUGUUCGCAUCAAGGAAGUUUUCCUCGAGAAGCCGGCCAUUCCUGUGACCAACAAGUUCACUGCUCGCAACCGUAACAUCUAUCCAUCUGAGUGCAGAGAAAGACAUGCGACGUAUCGUGGAAAGCUCCGCGCGAAGAUUGAGUACCGAGUCAACAAUGGAGAUUGGGCGGAAUCGGUUAGGGAAAUGGGUCAAGUCCCUAUCAUGCUAAGGACCAACAGAUGCUACCUGGAAAAGGCGACGCCGGCGGAGCUGGUCCAGCACAAGGAGGAAUCAGAAGAAUUGGGCGGCUACUUUAUCGUCAACGGUAACGAAAAGUUGAUCCGAAUGCUGAUCGUCGGGCGAAGAAACUACCCCAUGGCCAUUGUCCGUAACACCUUCACGAACCGUGGUCACGCAUACACAAAAUUCGGUAUCCAAAUACGAUCAGUACGACCGGACCAGACCUCGCAGACGAACGUUCUACACUACCUCAAUGACGGAAACGUGACAUUCCGAUUCUCAUGGCGAAAGAACGAGUUCAUCGUCCCGGUGGUGAUGAUUCUCAAGGCUUUGGUGGAGACGAAUGACCGCGAAAUCUUCGAGGCGAUUGUUGGCGGUUCCUCUUCUGAAGGAAUCAACAACACCUUCGUGACAGACCGAGUGGAACUGCUGCUGCGAACAUACAAGGCAUACAAGUUGCACAGCCGUUCAGAGUGCCGAGCAUUUAUUGGAGAGAAAUUCAAGCCCGUUCUUGGUGUCCCGGCAGAUAUCUCCAACGAGGAGGCUGGUACGGAAUUCCUUCGCAAGGUGGUCCUGCCACACUUGGGCAACCAGAAUGUUACGGAGACGCAGGAUUACGACAAGUUCAAGAUGCUCAUGUUCAUGAUCCGCAAGCUCUAUGCCGUCGUCGCCGGUGAUUGCGCUCCCGACAACCCUGAUGCUGUCUCGAACCAGGAAAUUCUGCUUGGAGGAUUCCUGUAUGGUAUGCUGCUCAAGGAAAGGCUCGACGAGUGGGUGAGGUCUUUCGCGCCUAUUCUCAAAGAUUGGUCCAACCGCAACCAUGGCGCCAGAUUCACAGACCCUGCUUUCGAGAGGGAUUUCGUGAGCAAAGUGGUCAGAAGGUCAAAUGAGAAUAUCGGAGGUGCUAUGGAGUAUUUCCUAUCGACCGGUAACCUUGUCAGUCCCACUGGUCUCGAUUUGCAGCAAACGUCUGGUUACACUGUCAUGGCGGAAAAGAUCAACUUCUACCGAUUCAUCAGUCAUUUCCGCAUGAUCCACAGAGGUAGUUUCUUCGCACAGCUCAAGACGACUACAGUCCGUAAACUGCUUCCUGAGAGUUGGGGUUUCCUCUGCCCUGUGCACACGCCUGAUGGUUCGCCCUGUGGUCUGCUCAACCAUCUUGCGCACAAGUGUCUGGUUGCUACGAAAGAUACCGACGUAUCUCACAUUCCAAAACUCCUUGUCCAGCUUGGUGUUCGCAACGAGUCGUCUGUCUCAUUGGACGAAAGCGUUUCUGUUCAACUGGACGGCAGGAUUGUCGGAUACUGCUCACCAAAGCAGGCCCGUGUGGUCGCUAGCACUCUUAGACAUUGGAAGGUCUCCGGCACCAACAACGUUCCCCUUGACCUGGAGAUUGGCUACGUCCCCAACUCCACCGGCGGUCAAUACCCCGGUAUCUACAUGUUCUCCCAGGCCGCCCGAAUGUACCGUGAAGUCAAGUACCUCCCGCUCGACAAGCUCGACUACGUCGGGCCCUUCGAACAGCCGUUCAUGGAGAUUGCCUGCUUGCCUUCAGACCUGGUUCAAGGCCUAUCAACACACAUCGAAUUCACCCCUACAAACAUCCUCUCCAUCGUCGCCAACAUGACCCCCUUCUCCGACUACAACCAAUCUCCCCGUAACAUGUACCAGUGCCAAAUGAGCAAGCAGACCAUGGGAACACCAGGUACAGCAAUCGACUACCGAACAGACAACAAGCUCUACCGAUUACAGACCGGUCAAACGCCUAUCGUGCGACCACCGCUCUACAAUGCCUACGGUCUAGACAACUUCCCCAACGGCACGAACGCCGUUGUUGCUAUCAUCUCAUACACGGGUUACGACAUGGACGACGCUAUGAUCAUCAACAAAUCCUCUCACGAGCGCGGCUUCGGAUACGGAACCGUCUACAAGACGAAGGUGCACUCCCUUGACGACAAGGACUCAAGACGCACAAAGUCCAAACAAGCCGUCCAGAAACUCUUCGGUUUCGCACCAGGCGCUGAGAUCCGCGCCGAAUGGCGCGCUACUCUCGACGAAGACGGGCUUCCUCACAUCGGCGCUGAAAUCAAAGAGGGCAGCAUCGUAGCCGCCUACCACACCGUCCGUUACGAUGCAAGCUCCGACUCAUACAUCAACGUCGACGGCAUCACGCAGUUCGUGAAAUACAAGGACAGCGAAAAGGCCUUCGUCGACAGCAUCCGCAUCAUGGGCUCUGAAACCGGUACCGAGCCCGCACAGGCCCUCAGCGUCAAGUACCGUAUUCCACGAAAGCCCAUCAUCGGUGACAAGUUCUCUUCUCGUCACGGUCAGAAGGGUGUUUGCUCGCAGCUCUGGCCUGCCGUCGACAUGCCUUUCUCCGAGAGCGGCAUCCAGCCUGAUCUGAUCAUUAACCCUCACGCUUUCCCAUCUCGUAAGCCAAAUACCACCCCAGAACAUUCUAAGACAAACCUCACUAACACAAUGCCAGGUAUGACAAUCGCCCAAAUGAUCGAAUCCAUGGCCGGAAAAGCCGGCUCGCUGCACGGCCACCCACAAGACUGCACCCCCUUCCAAUUCUCCGAAGAGCACACAGCAACAGACUACUUCGGCGAGCAGCUCCGCCGCGCCGGGUACAACUACUACGGCAACGAGCCCCUCUACUCCGGUAUCACGGGCAAGGAGUUCGCCGCCGACAUCUUCAUCGGCGUCGUGCACUACCAGCGUCUGCGUCACAUGGUGAACGAUAAGUUCCAGGUCCGAACUACAGGACCAGUCAACAAUCUCACCGGCCAGCCCGUCAAGGGUCGUGCCAAGGGAGGUGGUAUCCGUGUUGGAGAGAUGGAGCGCGAUUCGCUUAUCGCGCACGGUGCCGCUUAUAUCCUGCAGGAUCGACUCAUGAACUGCUCGGAUUCCCAGCGUGCUUGGAUCUGCCGCGACUGUGGCUCUUUCCUCAGUACGCAGGUUGCUGUGUCGAGUGCGGGGUCGAGCAAGGCGAGACUUGCUGCGAAGAGUUCGUCGGGCUCUGCGGCGCUCGGGGGCAACGCGGGCAUUGUGCGGUGUAGGCGGUGCGCGAGGGAAGCUGUCUAUGAGGACUCCCGCGCGGUCGUUUGGGAAGAUGGAGAGGGUAAGAGGUUUGUUGGCGGUGACAAUGUCACUGUUGUUGCUGUUCCUGGUGUCCUGAGGUAUCUGGAUGUGGAGCUUGCGGCGAUGGGUAUUCGCAUGAAGUUCCGGGUUGAUAAUUGA